AUGUAUAUCGGAGACAGGAAGUCAUUGGACGACCGGGAGCAGCACUUGGAGGAGUGGUGCCGACUUUUGGAGUUUGAUACCCCCAUGGCGACUGCGGAGGAGUCAGAGGCGGACAAAGAACCUCCCAUGCAGCCUUCCCCAUGCCCUCGUUUUCCGUGUGACACGUGUUUUCACACGUUCGCUACGCGAGGGGCUGCUGCGAACCACAUGAGGGUAUGCCGGGCGGCUGAGGCGGAGAGGCGCGCGCAGGCACUUGGCUCGACCCCGUCACUGGUGGAGACCGACACGCAGGAGCGACCGACGCCGCGGGAAUUUGGGGACGAGGCGUGGGCCGGGGUUACGUCUUGGGAAUGGGAAGCAUUUUUAAGUGUGGAGGCGGUUGGAGGGAGGACAGUGCGCCGGAUCCCACAGCGGGCUCGGUCGGGGGUCUUAGACGCGCUCUGUUGCGUCUUAAAGCGUUUGAAGAGCCGGCCGGGGGAUGAAGCCGCUACCCUACUACUCUUGGCUUUUCCGCGCCUCAUCCUAGCCGUGCCUCCCAAGCCAGGCAUAGGACAGAAGGCGCUGAUCAUAGAGCGGUUGGGGGCGUUUUGGGAGGGGAGGUGGCGGGAGCUGUUCGACUCCGCCAUGGUGGCGGCGCGGCCAGCAGUACGCCCACUUGCCUACACUUGCUCUGACCAGGACCCGGAUGCCAUCCGCAUGUCACGGUGCCGAUCUCGGUGUAAAGUGGGAGAGUGGAGCCGCGGAUUGGCUUGCCUUACGGCAGGGGAGUUGGCCCGGCCGUCUGAGGCCAUGGUGCAGUCGCUGCGAGAGAAGCACCCUGCUAGCACUAGCGAGGUACCACAGUGGGUCCGUGAUUUCACCGUCGAUGCUCCUCAGCGGCCUCCACUCACGGCCGACAUCCUGGCCAGAACUAUCCAUACAGCCGCUCGCGCUUCAGCAGCAGGGCCAUCGGGGUGGGUCACGGAGCAUCUGCGCGACACCUUCCUCACUGAACCUUCCUGCCUUUCCCACCUGUUGGAGGUGUUCAACCAAUGGGUGGCGGGACAGGUCCCCGAGCGGGCUCGGCCCUGGCUCGCCGCAUCCAACCUAGUUGGGCUUUCCAAGCCUAACGGCGACGUCCGGCCGGUCGCGAUUGGGGAAGUGCUUCCGCGUAUCCUUGCUCGAGCUCUCUGCAUCUCGCUCCGCCCUGCGAUGGCUUCCUACUUUCUGCCGUGCAACCAGCUGGGAGCGGGCACCAGGGCCGGGGUAGAGAUUCUUACCCAUUCUUUCCGGUCAGCGCUGGCUACUCACCCCGACUGGUGUGCGCUGCAGAUAGAUGUCGCGAACGCUUUCAAUUCGUUUCACCGUCAUGCGAUGUUUGAGGGGCUGCGGGAGUCGCCUUUCUCAGGGUUGAUCCCAUUCUUACGUGUUUUCUACGGGACACCUAGCGAUCUGUACCUCCGAGCGGGCCCUUUUGUACAGAGCCUUGAGUCGGCACGAGGAUCGCGGCAGGGGGACCCGCUCGGCCCUUUUCUUUUCGCGUUCACGCAGCAGCAGGUGAUGGAGUCGGUGACUAGAGAGUUCAGGGACCUACUUUUCCUGAGCUACGCAGACGAUACCUAUAUCCUGGGACCGGCGGCUAGGAUUCUAGAGGCGUUUGGGGUGCUGCGGGAGCGGUUGGAAUGGGUGGGGCUGGAGGUGCAGGCGCACAAGUGCCGGUUUUGGGAGCGCGAGGGCGGGGAUGUGGAGCUGGCAUUGCCAUUGGGGAUGCAGCGGGUGGAGGAGGGUCUCACUGUGGUGGGUGUGCCUAUUGGGGAGGAGGGUUGGGAGGUGACCCGGUUACGGGAGCGGCUUAGACAGUUGCAGGCGCCAUUGCCAUGGCUCCCCCUACUCGACCACCCCCAGAUGGCUUCACAUCUCCUCGCCAUUGCAGUUUCAGCACGGCCGAUGUACCUGGCCCGGACUAUGCCGCCGCGUCCGGAGGUGGUGGAGGCCUUCAGGGAUUGGGAUAGCUGUCUGGAGGAUUGCUUUGAGCAGCUUUUCCCACCUGGCACUUGGGAGCAUGACCCCGACCGGUCUAGGCGCGCGCGCAUGCAGCCUGCAUCUCCCUGUGCGACUCGGAGGGCCGCGCGUGAUAUUGCACAGUUGGGGGUGGCGGGCGAGGAGGCGAUGUUUGCAGAGUACCUCACCACUUCGGCAGGGGCGGAGUUUCUUGACCCGUGGUUUGCCAAGGCUCUUGAGCAGCUGCCUGCGACUAUACGCCAGGAGAUGCCGGGCUUACCUCUGUGCGUAGCGGCCCCUCCUCUUCGGCUUUUCCAGGCGCGGCAGUGGUUGUUGGCGGUAGAGGAGCUCCAGACACUGCGUCGCUCGGCUCGUGACGAUGCCACCCUGGCCCGUUUCACAUCCCUUCAGGGCCCGGGGGCUGGUGCAUGGGUUUCGGCGGUUCCGGCUCACUCAGAUCUCACAUUCACUGCGGCGGAGUGGGGCAUUGCUGCUGCUAUACGGCUCGGGCUCCCAAUUCAGCAGCUGCAGGUGGCGGGGAGGUGUGUUUGUGGCACAGCAUAUGUUGACUCAGCAGACCCGCAUCAUGCCCUGAGAUGCAAGCACCAGCAUGGUCCAUCUCGGGUACAUGAUGAGGUGAAGUUUGCGGUGGCGAAGAUCUCUAAGGCGUCUGGGGGGGUGGUGACAAUGGAGGAUAGUGUGGUGCUGCAGGGGAAGCGGGUUGAUGUGGCGGUGCGACGACCAAUGGCUGGAGAGGCUCACGCCCUGGAGAUCAGCGUCGCGGACCCGCUAUCGCUGUCUCCAUCUUUGCUAGGACAGUGCGGGCGUCAAAUAGGCGUGGCGGCAAGAGAAUGGGAGCGUCGUAAAACGAGCGAUUACGCGCCUCUGCUUGCACGCAACCGGGGCGUGCAGUUCACUCCUCUGAUAGUGGAGACGUGGGGGUGUCUCGGCGGUCGCUUUCGGAGGUGGCUUCGUCAGCAGGGAGAUGCGCACGUGGGGCUAGCUGUGUCGCGGGGGGCUUGUCGGGAGGACGACACUGUGUUUUCGGCUUAUCUUCUAGGGUCACUGAAGGCGCUCAUCGGGGUGGCGUUGCAACGUGCGCAAGCCCGUGUCAUCCUGCUUCGAGCGGCGUCUUCUAUGGGGGGGAUUAACGUUGACUUGGUGGACCGGGAGUGGGACGAUGGCGAUGCGGAAGGCGGGGCUCUCUGGGUGGAGGCCCCGUACAUGGUGGAUUCGCUGUUGUGA